AUGUCAUCAUUCCUGCAAGAGUUCGAGCACCUCAUAAUUCCACUUCAAACCAUAAAAGAUGCCACCAACAACUUCGGUGAAGACAAAUUCAUUGCUGAAGGUGGAUAUGGGAAGGUAUACAGAGGCAAAUUCUUACGCUCUGAGGGUGAGAUCAUGGGUGCUGCAAAGCGGUGGAGUCUUUCAAAUAAGGAAGGAGAUCCUGAGUUUCGAAGGGAAAUCAUGUUGCUUUCCGAUAAUAAACAUGAAAAUCUCAUCUCACUCCUUGGAUUCUGUUAUGAGAAUAACGAAAGGAUCCUAGUGUAUGAGUACGCACCAAAUAAAAGCCUCGACUUUCAUCUACAGGACCCCAACUUCACUUGGAUUCAACGAUUGAAGGUAUGUCUGGGGGCUGCACGUGGGUUGGAGUAUCUUCACAAUCCCCGCAGAGGACAACGAGUCCUCCACUGUGAUAUCAAGAGUGCCAACAUCCUAUUGGACGAGAACUGGAACGCCAAAAUUGCAGAUUUUGGACUAUCUAAAUAUGGCCCUGCCACCCAAAAUCGCUCCUAUCUUAUCACUCAAGCCAAAGGCACAUAUGGAUAUUGUGAUCCGGUGUUUUCAGAGACUAUGAUAUAUACCAAAAAAUCAGACGUCUACUCUUUUGGGGUUGUACUUUUUGAAGUUUUGUGCUCAAGGAUGUGUAUUGAUUUUAGUUAUAAUGAUAAUCGUCGAUCCCUAAUGUUUUUGGUGAAAGAAUCUUCGAAUGAAUUAAUACGAGAUACACUUCUCGAUGUUACUCUAAGGCAACAAAUGGCAGAGAAUUCUUUUAAUAUGUUUGUAGCAAUUGCACAGCAAUGUUUGGAAACAGAGCAGACACAACGUCCAACAAUGGAAUUGAUCGCUAGCAAGCUUGAAGCUGCACUCCAAUAUCAAUUAAUAAAGGAAAAUCCUGAUGAAGCUAUAAAAAGGUGGUCAACCGGAAAAGAAGGGAACUUCGAUGCUUUGCUUUUAACACUACAAGAUAUCCUUGGACGUGGAACAUAUGGGUGGAAGCCGUUGUCAACAGCAAAUAAAGUGAGCAAUCGUGCUCUAAGGAAAUAUUACCAGAGAACUGUUAUUUAUUUCAGUCCCGACAAGCUUCAAGAACGAGGGGCAAGCGUUACCGAAAUGUAUAUAUGUCAAAAGGUUUUAGAAAUUUUAGAGAAUUCUCGAGAUACAACCAUCAAUACAACCUCUCCGGAUACAACCAUCAAUGCUCGGGAUAAAGACAUCAAUAAAUACUCUCGCGAUACAACUAUCAAUGCUCGGGAUAAAACCAUCAAUAAAUACUCUCGGGAUACAACCAUCAAUGCUCUGGAUACAGCCAUCAAUACAAACGAAUCAGCUGCUAUGGACUUCAAAACAUUACUGAGUUUGUGGGAGUCUCGAUAA